AUAGCGCUUUAACGACACGUGGAACGUCGGACUCUUGUUGGAGACGGACCGGAAGUAGCGUGAGGUUACAGAAGAUUCUUGUGAAGUGUUGCACCUGAUCUGCACUGUAUCAGUCUCAGCUGCUGUGUUUGUCUUCAGUCAGAAGAAAGAUGCUUAGAAGUGCAUCAGCACAGAUCAUCCGGCAGGCGGUGAGGUACAGGAGUACAGACGCCAGCCUCAUCCUGGAGAGAUCGAUAAACCGGGUGCAGCUGUUAGGUCGGGUCGGCCAAGACCCGGUGAUGAGACAGGUGGAGGGCCGAAACCCGGUUACCAUCUUCUCAUUAGCGACCAAUGAGAUGUGGCGCUCUGGAGAGGGAGAAAUGAGCUCACCAGGUGACAUCAGCCAGAAGACGACGUGGCAUCGUGUGUCUAUAUUCAAACCUGGUCUGAGAGACGUGGCGUACCAGUACGUCAAAAAAGGGUCGAGGAUUCUAGUAGAGGGGAAGCUGGACUACGGCGAAUACGUGGACAAGAACCAAGUCAGACGUCAGGCCACCACCAUCAUCGCAGACAACAUCAUUUUCCUGAGCGAUAACGUGCGAGACAGAACCUGAAGGACCUUCCUCUCUGUCUUCGUCUCCACCAAACACCAAGGCGACUUCUUUUUGUAUUUUCUUCUUUAUACCAAAAUAAGACUCAAGGAUGUGAAGUAAAGGAACUGUUUUCACAAGAAGCCGGGAGGACGGACAGGAUAAGCUAUGAUCAUCUUUGGCUGCGGCACCACCUGCUGGUGCACAUGAAGUCUUUGAGGCUUCAGGAGGAGCAGAAAGAGCUCAACUGUAGUAAAUGUACACCUACUGAUUAUGACGUAGACGUUACAGAUAACCUUAAUGUUGUUUAAUCCAUCCAAGUGUUCUAAACGCUUCUCCUGAAUCAUAACUCUUGAGUUUGGGGACUCUUUGAAAAGUAGUAGCUCUGUUAAGAGCAGCUCUCACUCUGCUCUCACUUACUGUGACUUGUAAUGUUAUAGAUUUUGUUUCCUUGUGCCAGUAAAGACAUACUGUCUUUAUAAGCUGAAGUUGUUUCAUGGUGAGUAAGACAAAUUUACCCUGUGAGCCAGUUUCACAUGAACGCCCACAAACCUGUUUUGAAAUUUAAAUUAAAUUCUGCCUGCAAGUUAUUUUCUCUCAUCGCAUCUCCGUCACGCUUUAUGCUUGAAAUCGUUGAGUUUUCUAGGAAAGCUGCAGCAAUAAUCUCCAUUUCAAGUAGCUGCUGCCGAGGUUAACUCGCAGGUUAGGUCGUCUUAUAUGGCCUAACGUGAUCUCCCGCUUCUUAAAUGAAGUAAAGCUUUCAGAAAGUCACUGGAUUAUGUGUAAAAUGCAUCACCACAAAACAGGUUUGUUUCUCAAUGCGCGUGAAAUGUUGAUGUGUUGCAGAUGGUCUUAAAAUCAGAUUUAUGGCAGGUAAUCGAAUCUCUGUGCCUGUCUCUGAAACUAAACUGCUUCAAAGGAAGGUCUUUUUUUCUCGGAGUUUAAUUAAACUGAUUCCUGUCUCUUCCUCAAGCAGAAAGCUGCUGUGUUGGAAGCAAAGUCAUCUCAAGUGUUGCAAUCUGCGUGCAGUUUGCACAUUUUUGUCUUGCUACACGAUCAGCCUCAGGAGUGGACGCUUCUGCAAAAUAAGAUACAUCUCUGAUGUGGUAACAGUUUUGUUACCUUUUUUUUCUUCCUUUAAAGAAAAAAUUAAAGUAUUUUCAGCAUUUUUCUUCCAGCUCUGCUCUUAAAUAAAAGCAGUUUCUCUGGAGGUCAAGGUUCACAUGUCUCGCAAAUUUCGACACCUUAAGACUGGUUUUAAUUUCUGCUGUUUUCAUUAUUAACUGCAUGAGUCAUCUAUAGCUAUAACCACAUUACUAUGUGGGGAAUUUGACAAAUAUUAUCAGUUACAUUUACUCUUGUUUUCUGCUCUGUCACUCUUUUGUCAGUUGCACUUAUCUGUUUAUCUUCAUUUCCUUCCUGCACGGUGACUGAACUGUUCAGAAAGGACAUACUAGACAUUUGUUUGUUUGUUUUUUUAAUAGAUAUAUGUUCCUAAAGAUACAAUAAACAACAUUUGUUAAAAAUA